GUGCCGGCACCACGCACCAGGCCUACAGUGCGCCUCGGCAGUCCAGAGCGUCCGGCGACAGUACCCAAUCCAGAGUGUCCGGCGACAGUAGCCAGUCCAGAGCGUCUGGCGACAGUCCCCAUUCCAGAGCGUCCGGCGACAGUACCCAGUCCAGAGCUUCCGGCGACAGUUCACAGACCGGAACCUUCAUUAACGGGCCACAGUCCAGAGCCUCCAACAACGGGCCACAGUCCGGGGUCUCCAACGACGGUCUCCAGCGACGGUCCCCCGUCCGGGGUCUCCAGCGACAGGUCCCAGUCCGGGGUCUCCAGCGACGGUCCCCAGCGACGGUCCCCAAUACGCCUGAAUACGUCAGAUCUGUUCAGGUGGGAGUCUCCACCCAUCCAUGGAAUGGCAAAUGGAAUGUUUUUGAUAUCAUUCCACUAAUUGCCACUCCAGCCUUUACCACAAGCCCGUCCUCCCCAAUUAAAGUGCCCGAACCUCCUGUGCUGUAUAUGCUUCUGUGUAUGGUGUGUUUUAAUUGAUUCUUUGGAACCCAAGACGCCCUGGAAAACAGUGGCAAUUGUUACUGAGUGGACUAUCCUGGCUAAAUAAAUACAAAUUAAGAAAAUAUCAGUGUACCCUGCCUGUUCCCUGGAGGCCAAAGAUGUUAAUGUUGAUUAAGGCAGCCCGCUGCACCUCUCUGAUUCAGAGGGAUUGGGUUAAAUGCGGAAGACACAUUUCAGUUAAAGCCAUUCAGUUGUACAACGGACAAGGUAUCUCCCUUUCAAGCACUAUAGAAAAAGUACUUAUGUUACCCAACUUUGUUCCUGGUUAUAAUAAACUGUGUGCUUUUCAUGUCAUUUUUCAACUAAAUAAUUGUAUUGUAGACUAUGCUAAACAUAAAAACAAUUUAAAAAUCCUGUGUGUGUUCGUGUGAGAGACUUGCCAGUUGCUCCUCCAAAGCUGUAGGUGGCGAUAAUGCUCUGAAAUGUCGCGUCAUUGCCCCACCGCCAACUGGACUGCGAGUUCAAUCAAUGACGUGGAAUUUUCAUUGUAACAACUAACGCCACACAAAUGAUAUUUGUCAGCGAUUUAAUCGCACUGUACGAAUAUUUUGUAGAGAUUCGUGUAGUAUUUAUUAGUAGGAAUAGAAGGUCUGAGACGCUUGAAGACGGUUGUGAUAUCGCAGUGAAACAUUCAAAACUCAGGAUGAGUAAAAACAAGGUGUUGAAUCUGAAGGACAAAAUCGAUGGCAACGAGAUGGAUCUGAGUCUCUGUAACCUCACUGAAGUUCCUGUUAAAGAACUAGCUGCCUUCCCUAAAGUCACAGUCCUGGACCUGUCCUGCAACAAUAUCACCUCCCUGCCUCUGGAGUUCUGCAGCCUGAGUCACUUGGUCAAGGUGGACCUUAGUAAGAACCUCAUGACCGUUCUACCUGAUGAUCUGGGUCGCCUUGGCAACCUGCAACACCUGGACCUGUACAACAACAAGCUGACCAUUCUGCCUGUCAGCUUCUCCCAGCUCAAGAACCUGAAGUGGCUGGAUCUAAAGGACAACCCUCUGGAAAUCAACCUGGCGAAAGCUGCAGGAGACUGUCUGGAUGAGAAACAGUGUAAACAAUGUGCUGCCAGGGUUCUCCAGCACAUGAGGAUCCUUCAGGACGAGGUGGACAAAGAGAGGGAGCGGCGCUUCCUAAAGGACAAAGAACUGGAGAAGAAGAAAGAGAUGAAGCAGAGAGAGAGGGAGGCGAAAGAGAAGGAGGCGCGUAAACGAGACAAGGCAGAGGAGAAGGAGAGGAAGAGGAAGGAGUACAACGCUCACAUGGCUGCUUUGGCCAUCCAGGAACAGAAGAAUAAGAGAAAAGAGGAGAAGAAAAAGAGGAAUGGACAGAUAGCAGCAGAUAAGAAAGCAGCUGAAUCCGCCCCCAAAGCCCAAAGACGCUCUCUUAUUGGCUUGCUGUUCAAGCUCCUCCUGCUGGGAUUUGCUGGCGUCGUGGGGGUGUGUCAACUAACGGGGCUAAAGGAGGAGGCAGUCUGUGUGCCAAUCAAUGUUGCUGUGGAUGACGGCCUCUCCUGGGUCCGGGAACAGGAAGUAGAUGUAAGAGUCAGAAAGCUGGUGGAGGAAGUGGAUAUCAGAGCCAGAGAGCUGCUGCAGAAACUGUCCUCUCUGGUGCCACAACUCCUGGAGCCGCUCGGAGUCGUACCCACGGCAACGGAACCCGUGGAAACGGUAGAAAACUGAGGAUGAACUGACGAGAAUGAAAAAUGGACGAUCAGCUUAAAUUCCUAUGGAAUUGUCCUGUCGUUGCUCCUGGUUUCCCCUCUUUGUAUGCGCUCUGUUUUUAACAAGUGGCUGUCUGCAUCAAAAUUCACUUACACCCUAGUUCCCUACAGUAUGUGACUCUAGUCCAAAAUAGUGCACUAUUAAAAAGGAAUAGGGUGUGAUUGGAGACUUGCCCUGUGACACAUGCAUACUCCCAAGUCAACUCCCAGCCACUGUAGAUCUGGAUAGGUGUACUGGCAUUCAAUAUGAUGGAAAUUCACUUGCCUAAUAGAGGGCAAGAUGAAGCAACUAUAUACUAAUACCUGUCCUAUUCCUUUCAAGUCUACACUGGUGCACAGGGUGUAAAAGGUGGGGGUUGAUUUGGGAUUGGGCAAUAGUGACAGGCCCCGCCUGUGCAUCUUAGAUCUGGGGUAAAUUGGCUACACUCUUUUGUAAUGCAUCAUAUCUGCUCAAGGACUGUCAACAUUAAUAAAUGGCUAUAAGCUUUA